GCCCUCUGUCUACUGCAGAAUGACACAGACGAUCUAGAGCUGGGCGUAAAUGCGAUGGACCUCAUCUAUGAGCGAGCUUGGCUGACGGUUGUUGCGAGCUGCGGUCAUGAUGCGAACGCCGGCUUGCGGGGCGUCCAGAAUGGGACUAGGAGACCUUCCGAAAACACAUUUCAAGUCAUUCCUGGAGUUGAAAUGGGAAUCUUGAGCGGGUUGGAUGGGUUGCUCAAGAAGUCGGUAUAUGACUCUAGAGCAUGGACCUUUCAAGAGCGCGUACUGUCCCGGCGGGUCAUCUACUUUGUCAGCGAUAAGAUUUUCUUUCGCUGUCGGGCGGCAGAGCACGCCGAACACUUCACCGACAUCCUGUCCCAGCACCGUGAUGUCGGCGCAACAUUUGGGUCAUUGCUACCAGAGGCCAUCUUAAUGACACAUCCGGUAUUUGAUUACACGACCAUGCUCUUCUAUUAUACCAAGAGAGCGUUGACCAGCCAAAACGACGCACCUCGAGCCAUGGCCGGGAUAAUUCGACGAUUCACCGAGGCAAUGAAAUGCCAGUUCUUCCAAGGCCUCCCGACGGCAAUGUUUGAUCGAUUUCUUGUAUUUCAUGCGUUUGGCGGCGUUCUGCAUCGCCGCCCCUCCUUUCCGAGCUAUUCGUGGAUGGGGUGGCGAGGAAGCAUUGACGUGGACUUGAGAGAUGGUCCCGACAGCCGCGACUACAGCAACGACUGGCUGAAGAACAGAACGUGGAUUAUCUGGUACAAGAGGAGUCCCUCUGGUAUUACAAAUCUUGUCUGGGACCCAGAUGCAAACGAAUUCUUCCCUUCCGGGGAUAUGGAAUACGUAGGGUAUCGCAACAGAUCCUCAUUUGCUGAUGGUCGGCGCCUCACUAGAAAGCAAAAUACGAGACGGACCAUGCCAACAGAGGAGGUAUCAUUCUCUGGAACAGUACCCCCAUACCCCAUCUUGCAGUUUUGGACCAUGUCCCUGUUCUACAGCAUCUCUGACAUUGAUGUUUUCAUGGCCACUGGCUACCUUGCGGAUUCGAACAAUGAUAAAUGCGGCCGAGUUUGGCUGGAUGGCUUUGAGGAAACAAGUUAUUUCGAAUCACAAGGUCCAUUCGAAGUAAUUCUCUUAUCGGAGUCAUAUUCACACCCCUUCGCCGAGAAGCUUGAACACCAACCCGAGUGUUCCUACAAUCGAGUGACAGGAGCAGGGUAUUGGACGUACUACAAUGUGUUGCUUUUGGAAUGGCAAGGUGGCAUUGCUGAGCGACGGGGUUUCGGUUUCUUACACCAAAGCGCACUUAGAAGUAGUCUAGCCCCUGGCCCGGUGUGGAAAGAAAUAUUUCUAGCAUAGUGGCUUACCAUUAUAUCAGAUGAGGGAAAGGGUCAUUGGGGCUGUCCCGUUAGCUUUCUCGAUUAGAGCCCAUCCAUAAUGUGGUGAACGAUUGGGCUUUUUGAUUCAUAU